AUGGUUCACAAAAUCCUGUUCUGGGCCGGUUUCGGCAUCGCUACACGCUUCGUCCAACUGGGCAUUGAGAUGAGGCCAUUCUUCCAGCGCGGCGGACUAUGGGUGUAUCCUCUAUUCGCCGGCAUUGGAGGGUCGUUCGGAUAUUGGCUCAAGGGCGUCGAGGACAGACAAGUCAAGCUUUUACAACAACGGAAAGAAAUGAUAAUAGAGAAGCGGCGACGGAGGGCGGAAAGAGAAGCUGCCGAGGUUUCACAGUCAGAAACUGCUGGUGUGCUUGCUUCCACGAGUUGA